AUGCGCAGGCCGCCCGCCUCCUUUCAUCGCUUCCUCCUCUUCCUCGCCACCCUCCUCGUCCUCCUGGGACCCAGCCUUGGAUUCUGCCCGUCCCAGUGCACCUGUGUGUUCCACGGACGCAGCGACGGCACGGGCUUCAGGUCAGUACUCUGUAACGACCAGGACAUGUCGGACAUCCCAGUCAACGUUCCCGUGGAUACGGUAAAGCUGCGCGUGGAGAAGACAGCGGUGCGGCGUAUCCCGGGCGAGGCCUUCUACUACCUGCCGGAGCUGCGCUACCUGUGGAUCACCUACAACAACAUCAUCUCCGUGGACACGGCCAGCUUCUACAACCUGAAGGUGCUGCAUGAGCUCCGACUGGACGGGAACGCCAUCUCGACCUUCCCCUGGGAGUCUCUGCCCGAGAUGCCCAGCCUGCGCACCCUCGACCUCCACAACAACCGGCUGACCAGCAUACCUGCCGAGGCCACCCCUUACCUGGUCAACAUCACCUACCUGGACAUCUCCAGCAACAAGCUGGCCACGCUGCCCUCCGACCUGCUUGACCUCUGGCCGCCCUUCUCAGGGGUCAUGCCCAGCAGUAACGACACCAGGGUGGUUCUGGGUCUCCAAGACAACCCCUGGUACUGCGACUGCAAGAUCUCCAAAGUGAUCGAGCUCUCCAAGAUGGCCGAGACCCCCAUCGUCCUGAUGGACUCCUUCCUUGCGUGCAGCGGGCCGGACAACCUGGCGGGGGUUCUGUUCCAGCGGGCCGAGCUGGACCAGUGCGUGAAGCCGUCGGUGCUGACCUCGGCCACCAAGAUCACCUCUCAGCUGGGCAGCAACGUGCUGCUGCGCUGCGACGCCACCGGGAAGCCCACGCCGGACCUCUCCUGGACCAGAGCCGACGGCUCGCCCUUCAACCACACAGUGGUGCAGGAGUCGCCUGGAGAGGGAGUCCGCUGGUCCAUCAUCGGCCUGAAUGGGAUCCUCUACAAAGACGCAGGAGACUACCGCUGCAAGGCUAAGAAUGUGGCGGGGAACGCCGAGGCCUACAUCACCAUAUCGGUGGCGGGUGAAGGCGGCACCACCCCCGUCCCCCCACAGAUCACCCCCAGGAGCCCCGGGUGGGACACCAGCCGGGGGUCAACCACGGCGCUAACGGGCCCCACACCCCUCUCCUCUCCAUCCUCCUCUGGAACCACAAGCAGCAGCAGCACCACCACCAUCACCAUCACCACCACCACCACCACCACCACCCUGGCGCCCACCACCACAACCCCCAAGAAGGGACUGGGCCCAGGGGGAGGGAUCCAGAGGUCUCCCCCCGCAGCAUCUCGGAAGGGUGGGAAGGGUGCCGCAGCGGAAGACGACAAAAACAGGAAGAAGCCCGAUGCCAAGCCCGGCCUGGUGGACAUCCAGGUGGUGGAGGAGACGAUGGACAGUGCGGUGGUGGUGUGGACGUCGGAGGGGAUGCCCGGCGAUGCGCCCGUGUCCAUCCUGUGCACGCCGACGGACGGCGGGGAGGGCGGCGAGGAGGAGACGCGCAUCAGCACGCAGGCGGGCCGCGCCAAGGAGCUCCUGGAGAACCUGACGCCGGGCCAGAGCUACAAGGUGUGCUUGGCCACCAAGGCCACGGCGCCGGGCAAGGAGCAGUGCGUGGACUUCACCACGCUGGGCGACGGAGAGAGCCCCAUGCUGGUCAUCGUCAGCGGCAUCGCCUGCGUGCUGGCCGUGCCCCUCAUCCUGCUGCUCACCUACAAGAUCGUCUCGCUCUACUGCCGAGGCUCCGGCGGGGGAGGGGGCGACGGCGGCGGGGGCAGCCAGGAGGACCUGUCCAAGGAGUCCUACGUCAAGUUCGAGACGCUGACCAUGAAGCAGCGGGCGCUGAACGGCCAGGUGCCGUCGCACGACCUGUGGUCGCGGCGCUACACGGAGUCCGAGCGCAUGCUGCUGUGCUCGCGGUCCAGCAUCGACUCGCAGAUGACCUACAAGAGCGACAGCUCGCGCUCCGAGUACCUCUGCUAG